AUGGCGAUCCAGAAGAAGCACGGCAAAGGCCGCCUGGACAAGUGGUACAAGCUUGCCAAGGAGAAGGGUUAUCGUGCCCGAGCCGCUUUUAAGCUGAUCCAAUUGAACAAGAAGUAUGGCUUUUUGGAGAAGAGCAAGGUCCUGCUGGAUCUUUGCGCUGCGCCUGGUUCAUGGUGCCAGGUUGCUGCCGAGGUCAUGCCAGUGAACAGUCUCAUUGUCGGUGUCGAUUUGGCCCCCAUCAAGCCUAUUCCUCGAGUCAUCACUUUCCAGAGCGACAUCACCACCGAGAAGUGUCGCGCCACCAUCCGACAACAUUUGAAGACAUGGAAGGCGGAUACCGUUCUACACGACGGUGCCCCGAACGUCGGUACCGCUUGGGCUCAAGAUUCCUUCAACCAGGCCGAGCUUGCCCUGCAGUCCAUGAAGCUGGCAACCGAGUUCCUCGUCGAGGGUGGUACAUUCGUGACCAAGGUCUUCAGAUCCAAGGACUACAACCCCUUGCUGUGGGUUUUGAACCAGCUUUUCACCAAGGUCGAAGCGACGAAGCCUCCUUCGUCGAGAAACGUGUCGGCCGAAAUUUUCGUCGUUUGCAGAGGUUACAAAGCCCCAAAGAAGAUGGACCCUCGAUUCCUCGACCCCCGAUCAGUCUUCGCAGAACUUUCCGGUGCGACCCCGAACAACGAGGCCAAGGUCUACAAUCCGGAAGUCAAGAAGCGAAAGCGUGAUGGUUACGACGAAGGAGACUACACUCAAUUCAAGGAAAUGCCUGCCAGCGAAUUCAUCCAGAGCACGGAUCCCAUCGCGAUCCUUGGUAGCUACAACAAGCUCAGCUUUGAGCAGGCCCAAAAUGGAGAUGUCGCCUUGGCUGCGCUAGAUAGGUUGCCCGAAACCACCAUCGAGAUUCGUGACUGCUGUGCCGAUCUUCGAGUUCUCGGUCGAAAAGACUUCAAGCAUCUCCUCAAGUGGCGACUAAAGGUUCGAGAGAUUUUCGGCUUUGCCUCCAAGGACACGGCGGCAACGGACGAACCCGAGGAGGUGGCAGAAGUCGAGCCUAUGGACGAGGAGUUGCAGAUCCAGGAGGAUCUACAGGCCAUGAAGGACAAGGAGAGUUCCAAGAAGAAAAGGGAAAGGCGCAAGGAGAACGAGCGAAAGCAGCGAGAAAUCGUUCGGAUGCAGCUGAACAUGACGGCUCCCAUGGAUAUCGGCAUGGAAGAAGCUGGUCCGGUCGGCGAGGGAGCCAUGUUUUCCCUCAAGAAGGUCGACAAGACGGACGCUAUGCGCAGAAUGAACAAGGGCAGAAUGGCGAUCAUCUCUCAGUCGGCACAGAAGAAAGACAAGGACAGCGGUCUUGGGUCAUCUGGAGAGACUGAUGAGGAGAGCGACCCCGAGGAGGAUCGUCUUGACCGAGAGUUAGAUUCCAUGUACGACUCGUACAGGGAGCGCAAGGCCGAGUCUGAUGCCAAGUAUCGUGCGAAGAAGGCUCGUGCAGAGCAUGGCGAUGAUGAAUGGGAAGGACUGUCUGCCGAUGAGGCUGAUCAGCAUGACGAUUCCUCUGAGCUUGACGAAGAAGAGGGCUCCUCCGAUUCUGACGAUGACGACGAGCCCUCCUUGAGGAAAGGCCUGAUCACUGAUUUGGACUCGUCCAAAGGAGCAGGUGGUUUGUCCAAAAGGGCAACGAACUUCUUCAACCAGGAUAUCUUCCAGGGGAUAACUGGUCUCGUACCCGAGGCAGAGGAUUCCCCUGCCGAAGACAGUGCCGAUGAAGCCAUCAAUCAAGAGGCGGAUGCCGCUUUCGCGCAGCAGUCGAAGAACCGUGACGUUCAGGUUGCUCCUUCGCAUAAAUCGGCAUUUGAUGAUUCGGAUUCUGAAAUGGGAGACGACCAAGAUGGGUUUGAGGUUGUCAAGCGGGACGUGGAUGAGGAUGACUGGGAGCAGCAUGAGAAGCGGAUGUCCAAUGGAAGGCCUGACAUUGACAUCAUCACUGCCGAGGCAAUGACAAUGGCACACCAGCUUGCCACAGGACAGAAGACAAGUCACGAUGUCAUCGAUGACGGAUUCAACAAGCAUGCUUUCCGAGACCGCGACGGCCUACCCGAAUGGUUCUUGGACGAUGAAGGAAAGCACGACAAACAACAGAAGCCCAUCACCAAGGCUGCAGCUCAAGCGAUCAAGGAGAAGACGCGUGCCUUGAAUGCUCGACCUAUCAAGAAGGUACGAGAGGCAAAGGCUCGUAAGAAGUUCAAGGCUGCCCAACGACUGGAGAAGCUUAAGAAGAAGUCCGAUAUGCUUGCCGCCGACGAAGGCAUGACUGAGAAGGAGAAGGCCGACAGUAUUUCCAGACUAAUUAGCAAGGCCUCCCGGAAGAAGGCCCCGACGCCGGCCAAGUUGGUUGUUGCCAAGGGUAUCAACCGCGGUAUCAAGGGCCGACCGAAGGGUGUUAAGGGUCGGUACAGGAUUGUGGAUCCUAGGAUGAAGAAGGAAUUGAGGGCGCAAAAGAGGAUAGCUCAAAAGAAGAAGAGGUGA